CACAUCAUAUUGUGAAAUUUAGGUAGGCGCUGGAGAUGCCUCUAAACCCCAUUCCCAAGAAAGAAAAGCGAAGCUUCGAAUCGCCGUUUCAUCAAAUCCCCAUCCACAUGGGCCACCGGCCACCGCGCACCUCACUCACCUUCGGCUGAUGCCUGAAGCAGCGGCGGCGGCGGCGGUGCCUUCUCCUCCUCCUCUCCCCCAACCUCCUUCAUCGCCGCAAUGGAUGAUACUUUCAAGCGUCCCGGUUGUGUUCGCCGAGGACAUCCCUGCGAUUGAUGCCUCGUUGUCCAGGUCGGAACUCUUCAACAUCUCCCUCGACCUCCGGAACCCACCUGCCAUCUCCCAUGUUACUGUUCCCCGUCGAAUUUGUCCGGCGGAGGCGACGCCGAGCGAUUUUCCUCAUAUUAUCUCUGUCGACCGCAUGGGUAUUUAUCUGAUGUACACACCUGGUUCUUCUGAGCUUGCGGUAUGCCUCCCGUACAAGGGUAUUGCCGGCGAGGUCGACACCAUUCCGUGCCCCCCUCUCCCGAUUGACAACCUAGGAAACACCGGCAUCAUAUCCUGUCGAGGGCUUCCGGACUAUGCCAUCUGUGAGCUCCGUCCUAUGCACGGUACCAAUUACGCCACCUUGCAGAGCUACUCAACCCUGUGGGGUAAGUGGACCGUCUCUGACAAGCUCCAGUGCGACGGGCUAAUUCCGAAAGGGUGGGGUACCAGCGCCUCGGUGAUCUCGCACGAGAGGAGGUUAUGGUGGACAGACCUCUCGUGCGGCAUCAUUACUUGUGACCCCUUCGCCGGGGGUUUCAUCCAGCGCCAACAUGACCCCUUUGACGAGCAGCAGCUAUUGCACUUUAUUCCACUACCAGGGCCGGCUAUCCUUUCCAAGUCCCAGGAUUACUUGGACAAGACGAGGUGUGUGAAGGUGAGCAGCGGGAAGCUCCGAUACGUUUUGUUCCAUCCAUGUUCUCCGGAGGUACAGGCUCCCAUGGUCAGUAUGUGGACUUUGGAUGACCCUGCUGCUGCACACUGGUCGCUUGCGUAUAGUGUAUCCUUCACUGAGAUCUGGUUGAGCCAAAGCUACAAGUUGACUUGUCUACCAAACAUUGUUCCCAAGCUUGCGCUGGUCCACACACUGGACCCCAAUGUCCUGUAUUUUUUCAGCUACGGUCGAAUAUUUUCGGUGGAAGUGCACUCGCGGAAGGUCCUUCACUGUGAGCAGUACAACAUGAUCUUUCCACCAGAGGAGCACCACUGCUCCCGCUUCGUCUAUGCUUACGAGUGUAGUCGUGGUGGAGAAGAUCGGAUGUUGCUCAAUGAUAUUCCGAUAUCAUCUAUCAAUAGGAAACCGUUAUCGCUGCUGGAGAAUCAAAAUUUUGGCAUUGAAACUGCGGGCAGUACUUCUAGAAUCCAUCAAGAGAACUUGUCAUUCCUCGAUAAUUUCAGCUAUGGAGACCCUGGGAUGCUUUCACAGUCGUGCGCGUCCAAUGAUGGCCCAACAUCAGCUGUCUGUGGCAAGCAAUUACUGCAACAGGAGAGUGGUAAUGGUAGCAUUGAUCCCAUCAGUAACACUGCAAAAACUCAUCAGGGAAAGUUGAUAAUUCCCAAAAAAUUCUGCUCGGACAAAGUAUUGGAAGGGUCACACAUUCAUUUGUUUAAGUCUGCCCAAGACCUAAGAAACAGUAUUGAUGCCAGUAAUUUGGAGUUCUUAUCAAAGAAGCAGGCCUUUGCACUGCUAACAAAUGCCAAUAUUUUCCAAGUGUCAGCUACAAGGGGUAUAACGGAGGAAGCAUAUUGAGCUGAUGGUUCCUGCAUAGUGGCAGACCAGGCUCUGUUACAACAAAUUCAGCCCGCCGAUUUUGCAUACAGCAGUAGGAGAAAGCAGCUGAAAGAAAAAGUAGCCUCUCUGAUGAUUUCAAGCACCAUAAAAUUAUGCCAGCAUACUAUGGAAGGAAAUAUGUGGGAAAGACGGCGUUAUACCAUUCAAGCCAAUGAUACACU